AUGGACGUUGAUUCCUGCAAAACAACCAUCGAAAACAAUUUUGAUGAUGAAAUGAAAGACAGUGAAAUACAAGGUGUUGUUGUCUAUGCAAAUAAAUUGCGACAUUAUGCAUUUAUCAAACGAUUAGACAAACAGGAUGAACCAGACGUUUUUGCUAGAGAAGUAUCAAUAAAAACAGAAAAAAUGAAUCCUAGAUUCAUGAUUUCGGACAAAUGUUCAUUUACUUUAAAGAAAACUGACCGAGGUUACGAAGCAUUUAAUAUCAACAUCGAAAAGCGAUCAGUUCAAAAUAUAAGAAAAAACAAAACAAUGAAAAUUAAUAAAAAUAAAGAAAAUAAACUUACUAACAAAGAUGCACUUUUUCGUUCAACAAUACUUGCUUUAUUUCGUGAAACGGCUAAUUCAAACAAAUUCGAACAUUAA